AGUAAAGUUUAGAAAGAAAAAAAAAAUCUGAAAUAAAGAAAAGACCGAGAACUGAGGUUUCCUAAUUUGGAAGAGUGUAACAUUAAACUCUUCAAAGAUUCAAACCUUGCUUUGAAUUCAUUGAGUAUCAGUGAUGAAGCAACAAGAGUUGACUUUCUUACUAUGUCUCAUAUGGGCACUUACCCUUCUCUAUGGUGAAAUGUUCUCUUACUGGCUUCCACCUCUCUUCACUUGUUCAUGGCCUCAUUUAAUGGUUCAAACAAAAAGUGAGAAUCACCAAACUGAUUAUGUAAAAGUUGCUAUUAUUGCAGAUCCACAGCUCAUGGAUAAAACUUCACUCCAUCUUCCAGAGAAAUCUCUUGCACUGGAGAUUGUGAAAUUCUACACUGAUUUAAACAUGCAAAGAUCAUUCUUUUCAUCGAUCCUGCCUUUCAAGCCCGAUGUCAUAUUGUUUUUAGGCGACUACUUCGACGGAGGUCCUUAUUUAUCGGAUGAAGAAUGGAAGGAGUCAUUGAAUCGCUUAAAACGUAUAUUUGGUUUGAAUGCACAAGGAAAAUACACAGACAAGCCAGUUUACUACAUUCCCGGAAACCAUGACAUUGGUUAUGAAAGUCUUCAUUAUGCAAUGCCAAAGGUUAUCAGACGCUACGAGGAAACAUUUGGGAUUAGAAACUACAAAUUUGCAGUUGGAAAAGUUGAUUUUAUUGCUGUCGAUUCACAAACUCUUGAUGGACACCCACAGAAGCAUCUGGCUUCUCAAACUUGGGAAUUUGUAAAGAAUAUCUCUGUAGAUGAUGUAGUUCGUCCAAGAGUCUUAUUAACACACAUUCCUUUAUAUCGACCGGAUGGUACUUACUGUGGCCCUGAUCGUACUUCCCCAAUUAUCAAUCAGAGGAUACAUCACGCUUGGCAUGAUAAGACUAACGGUAUUACGUAUCAAAAUUAUGUUUUUGAGAAGUCAUCAAAGUCUUUACUAGAUACUAUCAAACCUAAGCUUAUUUUAUCCGGCCAUGAUCAUGAUCAAUGCACCAUCACUCAUCAAUCUAAAUCCGGGCCUAUAAAGGAGCACACUCUAGGUACUAUAAGUUGGCAACAAGGAAACUUGUAUCCUUCUUUCAUGCUGUUAUCAGUUGUUAACUCAACUCUUCCAAAUGCUUCCGCUUCCAUUCCAGAAGAGCCUUUGUUGACUCAUCUAUGUUACCUUCCAAAGCAAUUUCACAUUUAUAUGUGGUAUAUUGUGCAAUUUGUUUUUACCCUCCUUGCCCUCCUACUUUGGCCAACAAGUAACACAAGUUUCUGGCAUCAGUGUUGGAAUUUGGUGGGCAAUUUUAAACAACUUAUAGCUUCUAUCGUAUCUAAAAAUGAAACAAAAGAGAAAGACGAGGAUGCCAACUAUGAAUAUGAGAUGAUGUGGGAUGCAGAAGGCUCAAUGCAUCUUAUAAAGAAACCCUUGAAGGCAUCCACUGUAAAUUCAAAUGAGCGAAGCUUGGGAGAAAGGGGUAAUGUUGUAUUGCGGCCAACUGCUAGAAAAAAUACUGGUCAAGAAGCAGCUUUCUCUGUGAAUAUGGAUAUGGCUUCAACCAUCGAGCUUGAUCCUCUAGCAAAAAUACCUCCCAGAACAGGCAAAUCAAAAACAACAAUUAUAAUCCAAAGACUACUACGCACACUGCGAAUGCUGACCGUGAUUGCAGCUGUCAAUGUUCCUCUUUACAUGAUGUUGCUAUUCAAGGAUUGGAUUGACAAGUAAAGACGAGAUUCAUACGUGAGUUAUAUCAUUCAGAUUUUACCAAGAUUUUGUUGUAAUGAAGAAAUGUAGUAGAACCAAUUAGAUAGUUCAUGCUUCUGUAUGUUUAAUUGGUAGCUUACAUAAUAUAAUUUUCAACGCCUUGUCUCAUUUUUUUUACUAGGAUCUUGUUCUCCAUCACUGCUAUAUUCGUUAUCUAUUGUAAUAUAAUGUUAUAAGAAUCAACAUAGGAUGCAUACAUUACAUUCACAAAUUACAAGUAUUAUUGUGUAUCA